AUGGUCCUCCCAGACCCUGUGAAAGAGUCAGAUGGGAACGAUGGCGUACCGAAACGGUCACACCAUCCCGAAUUAGACACGCACACCAAAGAGCUGGACCGCAACUUCUCCUUGCUCUCCAUCUGCUCCGUGGGAAUCGUGACUGGCAAUACGUGGGCAGCGCUCGGUGGAUCUAUCGCGGUGGCUUUGGGGAAUGGAGGCCCCUCUGGGGUGAUCUACGAAUUCAUGGUCGUGACGUUUGUCUACUGCUUCAUCGCCGCGUCUCUGGCCGAGCUGGCAUCAUCCAUUCCGAGCAGUGCCGGGGUUUACCAUUGGGCAUCAGUGACUGGAGGGCCGAAAUAUGGCCGGAUCUGUGGAUGGUUUGCCGGGUUCUGGAAUUACCUCUGCUGGAAUCUGGCUUGCGGUUCCAUGUCUGCAAUUUCUUCGCAGAUCUGUGUCGAGAUGUACGCGUUGAAUCACCCUGGAUACGUCUACCACCCGUGGCAUGUGUUUAUUGGCUACCUCAUUGUGACUUGGGGCUGUUGUGCCAUCGUGCUCUUCGCCAACCGGUAUCUGCCCCGACUCAAUACUAUCGGUCUCUUCUUCAUCCUGGGGGGUGUUUUCGUGACCGUUCUCGUUUGUGCAAUUAUGCCAUCGAUGACGGGCAAGAAAUAUGCAUCCAAUUCGUCUGUCUGGGCUGGGUGGAUGAAUGAGACAGGUUAUACUAGCAACGGGUUUGUCUUUUGCGCUGGUAUGCUCAAUGGGGCUUUUGCCAUUGGCACGCCCGACUGUGUAUCUCAUUUGGCCGAAGAGAUCCCCCAACCAAAACGCAAUGUGCCGCUGGCCAUUCUUGCCCAGCUGGUCAUCGGAUUUUUGACUGCUUUUGUCUUUCUCAUCGCUCUGUUCUAUGGAGCGCCGAACCCUGACCUCACUGCGCCGGUGUUCCCGCUGGCCAGCAUCUAUCACCAGGUCACCGGUUCUACGGCUGGCUCGACCGGCUUGCUUUUUGUAGUCUUAAUUCCUGUCCUGCUGAGCUGCAUAGGCGACUACCUCACUGCCGGACGCACCUUGUGGACAUUGGCCCGUGACGAUGCCACGCCGUUCCCACACCUUCUCAGCGAGGUAUCUGCCACCCAGAGAAAUCCUUUCAACGCCACCUUGUUCUGCGGUCUAUUCUCAACGCUGCUAGGAUUCAUCUACCUUGGCUCCUCAACUGCCUUCAAUGCGUUUGUCAGCUGCUUCAUUCUUCUGUCCACACUCUCCUAUCUCACCACUAUCGUGCCAUUCAUCUUCACUGGCCGUUUUUCCCAGUCACACAGUCCAAAUGGGAAUGGGAUGAUUCCCGGUCCAUUCAAGAUGCCCCAAGUGGUUGGAUAUGCUGUAAACCUGAUCUCCUGUCUGUAUAUGAUUGCCUUUAACGUCAUAUACUGCUUCCCAUACACAGCAACUGUCACAGCAGCCAACAUGAACUACACUUGCCUUAUCACAGGAGGCUUGACAGUUAUCAUCACGGUGUGGUGGCUUUUCAAAAUGAGGGAUUAUAAAGGACCCACAGUGUAUUCCUAA